AUGGAAGGCAUCAACGCAGACACAAAGCUCGAAUCGCUUACCGAUGCACAGCGGCUCGAGCUGGCAUCGAAAUUGCAGAGCGAGUCCACAUCGCACCAAGCGCUCAUCUCGGCAGUCGAGCCGAUCGAGGUGUUGGAAAAAGAGUAUGCGGCGAAUCGUGCGUUUUUGGGCAAGAUCAAGUGGUUGAAGGAGGAAGCGGGAUUCAUCGGGCUGCGACGCGCCAAGGGUGAUGGUGAUUGUUUCUACCGAGCUUUCGCGUUCGCGUUCAUCUACAAGAUCAUGAUGAUGAAGGAUCGACCGAUGCACCAUUUCACGGUAAAGCAUGUAGAGUCGACGCUGCAACUCUUGAAGCACGCCGGGUUUGAUGAAGAGGUGGUGACGGAUUUCUACGAGCCACUCAAGAAUCUGCUCAACCGCAUGUACUCGACCGAUCCGGAAUCGCAGGAGCUCAACGAACACGCGCUUCUGCAAGCGAUGAACGAGCCCGAGCAGAGCAAUUCGAUUGUCGUGUAUCUGCGACUGCUGACGUCGGCGUUCCUCAAACUCAACGCGGACGAAUAUACGCCUUUCCUGUUCUCGCUCGACACGAGCUCGGACGCUGGACCACCGGACAUGGCCAGCUUCUGCGCCAACCAGGUGGAAGCCAUCGGUAAGGAAGCCGAUCACGUACAGAUCACCGCGCUCUCGCGCGCACUCAAGGUGUCGCUCGACGUCGCCUACCUAUCGCCCCAGCAAGCUCCGCCCCAAACCCCGCUCGACGAAGAGUUCCCCGCCGAACAACUGCACCAGUCCACCGAGAACUCAUCCGACCCCACUUGUCGCGCAUCCGCAUCAAUACCGGUACCCGGCAACGACGCGCAGCGCACCAGAUCCGCCGCUGAACAUCCGGAUCGAUGCGACGUCGUCCGCUUCGAGGUCGAGGGGGGCCAGAUCACCGAGAUCGGAACCAUGCUCCUCCGUCCAGGUCACUAUGACCUCCUCGUAGAGGCGCCCGUCCCAGCUUCGCCCGAACCGGAAAUCCCUGCGAUUCUCUCGGCGUAA